AUGCCUUCCGUCCAACCUUUAAAACACGUGCCUGGAUCUGUCGUAGAUUUUGGGGUAGCAAUCGACGUGGAUUUGGAGAACCUGACCGGUAUCACUACGAUGACUUCGCCAUUGUUCGUGACGCUCUAUACCACCACCAUCUUGUUUUAUUCAAAAAUCAACAGAAUCUCUCCCCCAAAAGCCCAAUAUGAGCUGACCAAACGUUUUGAUCCGGCCUCCGAAGCGUACGGCCACGACAAAACUGCUGAUAAUUUUAUCCACGAAUAUUUCACGGGGAUCCCCGAUCAACCCCAGGUCCAGAUUAAGGGACACGGCUUUAUCGAGUCUUUCAUGGGCCUCGAAGACAUCAAGCUGCGGCAUCCCCAUCACCGCCGUUCCCACCGUGAGGUGAUUCCCGAAGACAAAGCCGACGCAUAUACCCGCUUCAAUCGCUGGCACAUCGACGCGGCGUUGUAUGAUCUCAACCCGCCAAAAGUCACCACCCUCAUGGCGGUGCAAGUGCCCAAAGGUCGUCGCCAGACGAUAUUAUACGACGAUGGUUCAGGAGAGGAGCUGGAUGCACCCCUAGCAACCACAGCGUUUAUCUCUGGUCAGAAGAUGUUCAACAUGCUUUCUCCGGAAGAUCAGGAAUUCGUCCGUACAAGCAAGGUGGAAUAUGCACCACAUCCAUACAACUGGAUCAAACCCGCUAAAAUGCACCCCACCGGCCUAAGCGUAUAUACCGAAGGCCGUGAGAAGCCUGAAUCCGAACUACCUCCUGUCGACCCUUCCAAGAUCCAAAUUCUACCCAUGGCCUGGAAGAACCCUGUAACAGGCAACCUAUCUCUACAGGUCCACCCGGCUGCAAUUCGCAGGAUCCAUCUCGCCGAUGGAAGUACUAUUGACAAUUUAAAAGAGGUUCGAGAUAUUAUGUACCGUCUUCAACGUCCCGCAAUCAGUCCACAGUAUGUAUAUGCGCAUAACUGGGAAGAGGGAGAUAUGGUGCUUUUCAAUAACCAUGGCUUGCUGCAUACCGUUGUGGGUUCGUUGAGGCCGGAUGAUAUAAGAGUCUUUAGGCAGUGCAAUCUGGCUGCGUCGGAGCCACCAGAAGGGCCGUGA